AUGGCCCCCGCUCACCUCCGGAAUCCACCACAGGCCCCGCCGACCUUCACGGCUACCCCGCAGUCCGUUGUCGCCGAUGCUGAGCGACUGCUGAACACAUCUCGAACCAUUCAAGACAAGAUUGUUGCCGACAUCAAGCCCGAUGACGCCACGUUUGCCAACGUGCUGCGUCCGCUUGCUCAAGAUGAGAACGUCAUGGCGUUGGAGGCACACAUCCUGGGCUUUUACCAGGCCGUAUCAACCGAUCAGAAGCUCCGGGAUGCUUCCUCCAAGGCGGAAGAGCUUAUGGAUGAGUUCUUCAUCGAGGCCGUGAUGCGAGAGGAUGUUUUUAAGCUGGUGGAUGCUGCUCUGAAUAAGAACGAGGAUCUCGAUCCUGAAUCACGCCGUCUGUUAGAGAAGGCACACAAGGAUUUCGUGCGAAAUGGACUGGGUCUGCCCGCCGGGCCCCAGCGAGCACGUUUCAAGGAGAUCAAGAAGCGUCUGAGUCAGUUGAGCAUUGAGUUCCAGAAGAACCUGAACGAGGAGAACGGUGGUAUCUGGUUUACCCCAGAGGAGCUUGAUGGUGUGCCGGAGGAUGUGACCUCCGGCCUAAAGCGCGGCGAGGGUGAGAACGCUGGCAAGCUCUGGUUGACCUUCAAGUACCCGGAUUUGUUCCCGACCAUGAAGUACGCCAAAAACUCGGAGGUCCGUAAGCAGGUCAUGGUUGCCAACGAGAACAAGUGCAACCAAAACGUCCCGCUGUUCCGCGAAGCUAUUGUGCUGCGUGAUGAAGCUGCCCGUCUUCUGGGCUACCCCAACCACGCCGCCUUCCGCAUUGAGGACAAGAUGGCCAAGACACCGGAGACCGUUGACACAUUCCUGGGCGAUCUGCGCGCCCGGCUGACUGACGGUGGUAAGCAGGAGAUCCAGACCUUGAUGAAGUUGAAGAAGGAGUUGGACCCCAACUCUGAUGACCGCUACUACUUGUGGGAUCACCGAUACUAUGACCGACUGAUGCUUGAGCGGGACUUCCAACUGGAUCACCAGCUUAUUGCCGAGUACUUCCCGUUGCAGACCACCAUCCAGGGCAUGCUGAAGAUCUUUGAGGAGCUGUUUGGAUUAGAAUUCGUCGAGAUUGUUGGCGAGGACCGUGCGGCCUUAGCCCCCACCGGCCAGGCUGAUGACAUUGUCUGGCAUGAAGAUGUGCAGGUCUUUAGCGUGUGGAAUGACGAGGGUGAGGGUUCUGGCUUUGUCGGCUACUUGUAUCUGGACUUGUUCCCUCGUGAGGGCAAGUAUGGCCAUGCCGCCAACUUCAACCUCCAGCCGGGUUUCAUUGACGCAGAGGGUAACCGACGCUUCCCCGCCACCGCCCUGGUGUGCAACUUCACCAAGCCUGGCCCUAAGAAGCCCAGUCUGCUCAAGCACGACGAGGUUGUGACCCUCUUCCACGAGCUGGGCCACGGUAUCCACGACUUGGUAUCCCGUACCACUUACUCUCGCUUCCACGGCACCAGCACCGUGCGGGACUUCGUUGAGGCGCCUAGCCAAAUGCUUGAGAACUGGUGCUGGACUCCCUCACAGCUGCGCUCGCUGAGCCGACACUACUCUACCCUGUCGCCCGAGUACCUCGCCGGAUGGCAAGAAGCCCAACAAGCGCGUAGCGGCGGCAAGACAGCUACUGCUCCCCCCUCGGAGCGCAUCCCUGACGAUGUGAUCGCCAACCUCAUCCGUACCAAGCACGUCAACGACGCCUUGUUCCAACUGCGCCAGCUCCACUUCGGUAUCUUUGAUAUGACCGUGCACGAGCCUAAGAGCCACGCCGAGAUCGAAGCCCUCCCUAUUUCUGCGACUUAUAACCGUCUCCGCCAGGAGAUUACCCAGAUGGAUGGCAUGGAGGCACUAAGUGGUGGUCAGGAGUGGGGUCACGGCGAGGCGACAUUCGGUCACUUGAUCGGUGGUUAUGAUGCUGGAUACUACGGAUACUUGAGUUCCCAAGUGUACUCCACUGACAUGUUCUACACGGUCUUCAAGGAUGACCCCAUGAACAAGGCUGCUGGUCGCCGCUACCGGUACCAGGUGCUAGAGAAGGGUGGCAGCCAGGACGAGAUGAAGACGCUGACCGAGUUCCUGGGUCGUGAGCCGCAGACUACUGCGUUUUACAAGGAGCUUGGUCUGGCGUAG